UACGAUCCCCAAGCUCCACUGUCUGGCGGUGGUCCUCUUGACGUCUUCAACAACAUGGCAGCCCCACCGGCCGGUAGUAGCAAUGCCAAUGCCCCAGCAACAGGUGGAACGAUGGAUCCGUACGCCGCAACAGCUGGCUUCUAUCCUGAUCAGUAUUCAGGUCCUUCCACUAACACUUUUCCCACAAGUCCAAACGGCCAAUCACUCCUCCCAGAUUCUACAAACUCAAACAAUCUUCUGCCCGUUCCAAACUCAGCUGACCCGAAUGCCCCCCUUCCCAUUCAAAACGCCGUUGACCCAAAUACUCCCUUUCCCAGUCAAUACCCAUCAGGACAAAAUGUUCAGAUGCUUCCUUACUCCAGCCAAAACACAGGCUCUUCUCCUGGAACCUACCCGAUUCAGCAUAACGGGUCCCCGCCAAACCCGUAUUCCGGAACACAAAGCAGCUCUCUGCCUUAUCCCUACUUUGCUUCACAGCAGAACAAUCUAAUUUCUGGUCCUUCGUCCUAUUCAACACAAAACCAACCCACAGCUAAUCAAAGUCCUGGUACUCAAAACCACCUUAUGAUGGCCUCGCAGAAUAGUCAAACCACUAACCCCUUCUCACAGACCCAGAAUAGUCAAACCACUAACCCCUUCUCACAGACCCAGAAUAGUCAAACCAUUAACCCCUUCUCACAGACCCAGAAUAGUCAAACCACUAACCCCUUCUCACAGACCCAGAAUAGUCAAACCACUAACCCUUUCUCACAGACCCAGAAUAGUCAAACCAUUAACCCCUUCUCACAGUCCCAGAAUAGUCAAACCACUAACCCUUUCUCACAGACCCAGAAUAGUCAAACCAUUAACCCCUUCUCACAGACCCAGAAUAGUCAACCCAUUAACCCCUUCUCACAGACCCAAAAUCGUCUUGGAACCAACCCUAUGUCUGGCGCACAGAAUAGCCCCACAAUGAACACUAUGUACAAUCCCAUGUCAAGCGUACAGUCCGGCAGCAGCCCAGCAACAAGUCCCUUCUCGGGUCAGCAACGUAGUCACCCUUACCCUGCACUUGCUAACCUACGGGGAAAUACCGGAAAUGCCCAGUCUAGCCUCAACCAAGGGAAUCCAAUGUUCGGUGGAAUGAGCAUGGGCUCAGGUGCUUUGCCCUCCCCUUUCAGUGCCCGCCCAGCGGGGAUGCAACCAGUCACAGGCAUGCCAUCUGGACCCCUUUCUGCUAUGCUUUCAGGCCUGGGAGGAAGCCCAAUGUCCGGGAUGGGUUCAGGGUUUUCUGGAAUGGGAGGUAUGGGGUCAUCGAUGGGAGGAAUGGGUUCUAGAAUGAUGUCACGUCCAGGCUCCAGAAUGUUUCCAAGAUCAGGAGCGAGCUCACAGAACACCAAGCCCAGCAGCCAACAGAACCAGUUUGCCUCCAUGCUUCCAUUCUUGCUACGUGGUGCCAGCCCCGAGACCAGGAAGAUGAUGAUGAUGAUGUCGAUGAUGCAAGGGAAAGGUGGCAACAGCAACAUGAUGGACAUGAUGCCGCUGCUGCUGAUGAACGGAGGAGGAGGAGGAGGGGGAGAGGGCAUGAACCCCUUGAUGAUGAUGGCCAUGUCGCAAGGAGGAGGUGGAGCAUCCCAGAUGAUGCCGCUCAUGAUGAUGGCGAUGUCCGGUGGAGAGAUGAACAUGAACUCGAUGCUCCCCUUCAUGAUGGCCAGCCAGAUGAAUUCCGGGGGCCAGGCACAAGGGGGGUCCUGGGGUGGUCAGCAGGGAAUGGCAUCCAUGCUACCUUUCCUCUUGUAGACUCCCCUUGCAUCUGUUACCAGUGACAUCUACACAUAUCUUUACAAGGCAGAGACGCCCGGUCCCCAUCCACCAGUGAUGUGUAUAACACAGUGUCUUGAUAUCAGGUUCCAAUGUCUUGAUAUCACAUGCCCUGUGUUCUGAUAUCACGAACUGUGUUUUGAUAUCACAUACCAUGUGUCUUGAUAUCAUAUACCAUGUGUCUUGAUAUCGCAUUCCGUGUGUUUUGGUAUCACACUCUGUUUUAUGUAAUGUGCACGAUGUCGUCGUGCUAUACAUUGUUGUAAAUACAUUGUUGUAUUUCCGGUGACCAAUUUGAUGUCUUUGUUGACCACGACUAAAUGAUAAAACGAAAUAUAUUGUACAUGACACUCUUGUAUCAUAAUCUAUACUGUUAUAUGUUGUACCA